GCUGUCUUUGCGGGUGUCGGGGCUAAACUUCACCAAAUAAUAGCUGUUUGUGUUUUGGCUGCCGCAGGAGCCAUUUUAGGGGCCCCGCGGGCCGGAUAGAAUGGCCUGGCAGGCCGCAUCCGGCCCCUGGGCUGCAUUUUGCCCACCCCUGAUGUAGGCAAUGAGGAGCAGAGCUGGCGGUGUGGAGUGCUGAGUUCAGCUGCUGUCAAGGUUAAAGCAACUGAGACAUUCCCCAAUGUCUGAUGCCUCGGACACCUGCGAGUGCAAGUCACAGGACCCCUUUGCCAGCAGUGAGGAUCAGAACGACCUAGGUCACCAGGUGAAGGCUUCUGACUUUGCCAGUCAGUGCCAAUAUUUAGAUGAGGAGCCUGAUGAGGCCAUGCAGAAGAGGAUGUUGUCCCAUAAUGGGAUGCAAGGCAAUGGGGGUGGGGGCACCGGGGUGAAGAAGAAACGGAAGAAAAAGGACCUAGGGGACCAGGAGGUGGGGGAGAAAGGAACGGUGGAGAAGGAGACCAAACCAAAGAGGAAGAGAGAACCUAAAGAACCAAAAGAGCCCAAGAAGCUGAAGGAACCCAAGAAGCUGAAGGAGCCCAAGCAGAAGGAAACAACCAAGAAACCCAGGAAGCCCCGGGAGCCCAAAGGCCCCAGGGACCCGAAAGACCGAAAGAGCACCUCCGAAUCCACCCCCAAGGCAAAACCCAAGAAGGCCAGGAGGGAGCAAGGACCAACCCCGGUGGAGAAGAAGAAGAAAGGAAAGAGGAAAAAUGAGAUGCCAGUGGAGAGUUUGGAAUUGGAUCAUGAGCUGCUGAACCCCUCUGUGCAGAGCCCUGAGGAGUCCAUUGAAUCUGCAGACAGCCAGAAGAGACGCUCAGGACGCCAGGUAAAGCGAAGGAAAUACAAUGAGGACCUGGAUUUCAAAGUGGUGGAUGAUGAUGGCGAGACGAUAGCAGUACUGGGGGCUGGGCGGACCUCUGCACUCUCCGCAUCCACUCUUGCAUGGCAGGCAGAGGAGCCUCCUGAGGAUGAUGCCAACAUAAUUGAGAAGAUCCUUGCCUCCAGGAUGGCACAGAAAGAGGUUCACGUGGGAGAUUUAGCAUAUGAGAUGGAGGAGUUCUAUGUCAAGUACAGGAAUUUCUCCUACCUACACUGUAAGUGGGCAACUUUGGAAGAGCUGGAGAAGGACCCCAGGAUCUCUCAGAAGAUAAAGCGCUUUCGGAACAAGCAAGCACAGAUGAAGCAUAUUUUCACGGAGCCUGAUGAGGAUUUAUUCAACCCAGACUAUGUGGAGGUGGAUCGAAUCUUAGAAGUGGCUCACACGAAGGACCCUGACACCGAGGAGGAAGUUACUCACUACCUGGUAAAAUGGUGUUCAUUGCCAUAUGAGGAAAGCACCUGGGAGCUCGAGGAAGAUGUUGACCAAGGGAAGAUUAAAGAGUUUGAAUCCCUCCAGAUUCCACCAGAAAUCAGACACAUGGAACGCCCAGCCUCUGAGUCCUGGCAGAAACUGGAGAAGUCACGGGAAUAUAAGAAUAGCAACCAGUUGCGGGAAUACCAGCUGGAGGGGAUGAACUGGCUACUCUUUAACUGGUACAACAGGAAGAACUGCAUCUUGGCUGAUGAGAUGGGCCUGGGGAAGACUAUCCAGUCUAUCACCUUCCUCUCAGAAAUUUUCUUGAUGGGCAUUCGUGGCCCCUUCCUCAUCAUUGCCCCACUCUCCACCAUCACCAACUGGGAGAGAGAGUUCCGCACCUGGACAGAAAUGAAUGCCAUUGUGUACCAUGGCAGCCAGAUCAGCAGGCAGAUGAUCCAGCAGUAUGAGAUGCUGUACAGAGAUGUGCAGGGUAACCCUCUCCCUGGGAUCUUCAAGUUUCAUGUGGUCAUCACCACUUUUGAGAUGAUUCUAGCUGACUGCCCAGAACUGAAGAAGAUCCAGUGGCGCUGUGUGGUCAUCGAUGAGGCCCAUCGGCUGAAGAACAGGAACUGCAAACUGCUAGAGGGUCUGAAACUUAUGGCCCUGGAACACAAGGUGCUGCUGACAGGAACUCCUCUGCAGAACUCAGUGGAAGAACUUUUCAGCCUGUUGAAUUUCCUGGAACCACAGCAGUUCCCCUCAGAGACUGCCUUUCUGGAGGAGUUUGGAGACCUCAAGACAGAGGAGCAGGUGAAAAAGCUGCAGUCGAUCCUGAAGCCCAUGAUGCUGCGACGGCUGAAGGAUGAUGUGGAAAAAAACCUGGCACCCAAGCAGGAGACCAUCAUCGAGGUAGAGCUGACCAACAUCCAGAAGAAAUACUACCGGGCCAUCCUGGAGAAGAACUUUUCCUUCCUGUCGAAGGGUGCCAACCAACACAACAUGCCCAACCUCAUCAACACAAUGAUGGAGCUACGCAAGUGCUGCAACCACCCGUACCUCAUCAAUGGGGCAGAAGAGAAAAUCCUGGAAGAUUUCCGUAAAACACACAGCUCAGAUGCACCAGACUUCCAGCUGCAGGCAAUGAUCCAGGCAGCUGGCAAGCUGGUGCUGAUUGACAAGCUGCUCCCCAAACUAAUUGCUGGUGGACACAAGGUGCUGAUCUUCUCCCAGAUGGUGCGCUGCCUUGACAUCCUGGAGGACUAUCUCAUCCAGAGGCGAUACACCUAUGAACGGAUUGAUGGACGAGUGCGUGGGAACCUGCGCCAAGCUGCUAUUGAUCGCUUCUGUAAGCCAGACUCAGAUCGCUUUGUCUUCCUCUUGUGCACCAGGGCAGGAGGCCUGGGCAUUAACCUCACAGCUGCUGACACCUGCAUCAUAUUUGAUUCAGAUUGGAACCCGCAGAAUGACCUCCAGGCUCAAGCUCGCUGCCACAGAAUCGGGCAAAGCAAGGCAGUCAAGGUCUAUCGCCUGAUCACCAGGAACUCCUAUGAGCGGGAGAUGUUUGACAAAGCCAGUCUGAAGCUGGGCCUGGACAAAGCUGUUCUGCAAGACAUUAAUCGCAAGGGCAGCACCAAUGGGGUACAACAGCUCUCAAAGAUGGAGGUAGAGGACCUAUUGCGGAAAGGUGCUUAUGGGGCUUUAAUGGAUGAAGAAGAUGAAGGUUCCAAGUUCUGUGAGGAAGAUAUUGAUCAGAUCCUGCAGCGCAGAACACAGACAAUCACUAUCCAGUCUGAGGGGAAGGGCUCCACCUUUGCCAAGGCCAGCUUUGUAGCUUCAGGAAACAGAACUGACAUUUCCUUGGAUGAUCCCAACUUCUGGCAGAAGUGGGCUAAGAUAGCAGAUCUGGACACAGACACAAAGAAUGAAAAGGAGAGUUUAGUAAUUGACAGGCCCCGUGUCCGCAAGCAGACCAAACACUACAAUUCCUUUGAGGAAGAUGAGCUGAUGGAGUUCUCUGAGUUGGACAGUGACUCUGAUGAGCGGCCCACACGUUCACGGCGCUUCAAUGAGAAGACACGACGUUACCUACGGGCUGAGUGCUUCCGUGUAGAGAAGAACCUACUCAUAUUUGGCUGGGGGCGCUGGAAGGAUAUCCUGACCCAUGGUCGGUUUAAGUGGCACUUGAACGAAAAGGACAUGGAGAUGAUUUGUCGGGCCCUCCUGGUCUACUGCGUCAAACACUACAAAGGAGAUGAAAAGAUUAAGAGUUUUAUCUGGGAUCUGAUCACUCCUACGAAGGACGGACAGAACCAGGCCCUGCAAAAUCACUCAGGAUUGUCUGCCCCUGUGCCCAGAGGAAGGAAGGGGAAGAAGACCAAGAACCAGAUGCUUCUCCCUGAGAUAAAGAAUGCAGAUUGGCUUGCAACCUGCAACCCUGAAAUAGUCCUGCAUGAUGACAGUUAUAAGAAGCACCUGAAACAGCACUGUAACAAGGUGCUGCUGCGGGUGCGGAUGCUGUACUACCUGAAAGCCGAAGUUCUAGGGGAGGCAGCUGUCAAAGCCUUCGAAGGGACUCCUGCCAGGGAACUGGAUGUGUUGCUGCCAGAUAUUGACUAUGUGGAGAUCCCUGUGGACUGGUGGAAUGCUGAGGCUGAUAAAUCACUGCUCAUCGGUGUUUUCAAACAUGGUUAUGAGAGGUACAAUGCCAUGCGAGCAGAUCCAGCUCUAUGCUUCCUGGAGAAGGUUGGCAUGCCAGAUGAGAAACUGCUGUCUGCGGAGCAGGGCAUCAGUGAUGGAGUGCAAGAUGCUGCUGACAGAGGAAAUGCAGAGAAGGAAGAGAGUGGUGGAGGAAAACUGGAAGGGCUGUCAAAGCAUGAGGAGGCUCCCAGUUCUUGUGGUGAGGUCACUGAAAAGCGGGAUGACCAUGUGGCAGCCCAGGAUGGCUCCGACUCAGACAGAUCCUGCUGGCCUGUUUCAUCCGCCCUCACAGCCAGACUGCGACGGCUUGUCACUGUCUACCAGCGCUGCAACCGCAAAGAGCUAACCCCCCGAGCUGAGGUCUUGGUUCCAAGUAACCAUGGAUACUGGCUGCAAGAUGAGAUGUUUAGGAGAGCCACUGAGAUGGAUCCAAUGAACAAGGAAAUGCAGAAAAGGUGGACCAGGAGGGAGCAAGCAGAUUUUUACCGUACCGUCUCGUCCUUUGGUGUCAUCUAUGACCAGGAGAAGAAGGCCUUUGACUGGACCCAGUUCCGAGCCAUUUCCCGUCUGGAGAAGAAAACAGAUGAGAGCCUAGAAAAGUACUUUUACAGCUUUGUGGCCAUGUGCAAAAAUGUCUGUGGUCUCCCGCUAUGGAAAGAGGAUGGUCCUCCAGACCCUGAGAUGUAUGUUGAGCCAAUUACUGAAGAACGUGCUGCAAGAACGCUGUAUCGAAUUGAACUUCUCAGGAAGGUCCGAGAGCAAGUGCUGAAGUGUCCCCAGCUCCAUGAGCGGCUCAAGCUCUGCAGGCCAAGCCUGUACCUUCCAGUAUGGUGGGAAUGUGGCAAGCAUGACCGGGACUUGCUGAUUGGCACAGCCAAACAUGGGCUGAACCGUACUGACUACUACAUUAUGAAUGAUCCACAGUUGUCUUUUUUAGAUGCAUAUAGAAACUAUGCUCAGAAUAAACAAACAGGGAUUCCAGGAGCAGAAAACCUGUGCUGCCUAUAUCAGACUAACUCCAAACUCUAUAGCUCCCCACUGUAUAGUCAGAUGGAAAGAACUAGUGAACCCACAGAGAAUGAAGCAGAAAGUCAGAUCAAGCUAGAAAACAUGGACAACAUUAUCUCACAGCCAGAAGGCAGCCCUCAGGAUGGUAGCAGUGAAACUUUCAUGUGUAAAGGUAGUAACUCUGAUGAGAGCUCUCUGGCAGACUCUUUGAUGUGCACAAUGUACGAUGAGAAAGUGUACAACAGUGAACAAAGUUCUCUCACCCGGGAUAGCCCAAGUUGCACAGAGUUGGGGAGCAGUACCGCUAAACUCUCAGAGGACAAACUAGAUGGGGAUGAGGACCCAUCCAGCUGUGAGGCAGAGGCCAUAAGAGAAACCUCCUUGGACCAUUUGCAGAUAGGUUGUGACCAAAUGGGAAACCAGAAUGAAGGAGGUGAAGUGUUGUGUUCUGCCCCAGACAGUGAGCCACCCCAGAGUGUUCCAGCAGAGAUCUGUGAAGUCUUGCCACAGGAGAAAGGCAGAGGUGCCACCCAAGGGGCAGUGUCACCAGAACUUGGCACCAUGGAGGGGGUCAUCAGCAUAGGACUAUAUGGGCCUAGUCUUCAUAACUAUGAAAUAAAACUCCCCCCUGAGAAAAGAUUCAUUAAUUUGCAACAAGAGAAAGGCUUAGAGGAUAAAUCAGUGCCAAGUCAAAGCCACAGUGAGGAAGAUGAUGAUGAAGAGGAGGAAGAUAAUUCUGAGAUGGCAGCAGACACUGUGGAAGGUGUGACAAGCUCCUUGGAGGCCAGGGUUGAUGGUGAGCCCCAAGUUAAUGUGCUAGCCCUAGAGGAACAGCAUUCUGUCCUUUCUGCUACCAACAAGGCUUGCCCAGAAGUGAACAGUGAGGUGGGGUCCACAGGGCAGGGGAUGUCAGAGGGUAUCAGCAAGCCAGGGAGUAGGGAGGAUGACAGCACUGACCAGGAGAGCCCGACAAAACACUCACCAAACCAGCCUGAGAGUGAAGUGUUCACCUCUCUUCCUGUCCGGAACCUGGCUGUAGCUAUUCAUCUGGAGCUUCCAAAGACAGAUCCCCACAGGUUGGGGAUGGAUCACUGGGAAGCCAACUCCACAGAGCAAGCACUAUGCGGUACAGCCCAGCAACUCCAUGGGCACAAAAUGAAACAAGAUGAGCACGAGAACAAAGAUGAGAGAGAGAAAAGUUGCAACACCUGGAGACAAGAUUGUCCAGAGAAAUGUUUGGAGGAGGAGAGCAAGAGUUCCACAUCUGUCCUUCCAGCAGAGAUUGAUGAGUUUCAGGACACCCGGGCACCCACCAUUGCCCAGUUGCUGCAGGAGAAGACUCUCUACUCCUUCUCAGAGUGGCCUAAGGACCGAGUGAUCAUCAACCGCAUAGAUAACGUCUGUCAUGCCGUUUUAAAGGGCAAGUGGCCUUCUUCUAACCAGCAGUUUGAAACACAAAACUUGAUGCCCACUUCACUGUUAACCAGCAGUGAAGGCAAUAGGAACAGCUUCACUGACUCAGAAGCUCCUAAUCCCAGCUUCAACGAUGGAGCACUAGUCUCACAGGAAAGCUUCCUAGCUCCUGCCUUUACAAAAGAUGAAGGAAAGCAUCGGCGGCUGUAUGAAUUUGAGAUUGAGAGAGAUGUCAAACAGAGAAGUCUUGAGCAGCUAGCUGCCUCCCACCCCCACACCCCCAUAGUGCUGAAUGGCUGGCAAGACUCAGCAGUGGACCUGUCCAGAACCUCUGAUGGGUCUCCAGGAAAUGCCUGUCCUUUCCCUCUGAACACAAGUGCGCCCAAAUUAGGGGCAGUGAACUCCCUCCAGGGUUCCCUUGGCAUGGACUUGUCUGGCAUCCUUCAGGCAGGAUUAAUUCAUCCUGUCACAGGACAGAUUGUUAAUGGAAGCCUCCAGAGAGAUGAUGCUGCCAUGAGGAGAAGACGGGGCAGGAGAAAAAAUGUGGAAGGGAUAGACCUUGUCUUCUUGAAGGAGAGGAAUCUUCAAACAAGGCUGCAGGAUAUUCAGGAUCAAACCCAGCCUCCACUGAGCAACUCCCACCCAGAUGGGCCAGUCACUACUACCUCAACUCCACAAACGGCUACAGCUACAAGCAUCCAGGCAGAAAAGGCUGUUCCAAAUAAGAGUCUUUUGGACUGGCUGAGACAGCAGUCAGACUAUACGCUUGAUGUUCCUGGCUUUGGCACAAAUUUUUCAGAGAAGCCCAAACAAAGGAGGCAACGCUGCAAAGACCCCAGCAAAUUGGACAUAAACUCACUCACAGGGGACGAGCGAGUACCUGUGGUACAUACAGGUACAGGACGGAGGUUAGGGGGAGCCAUGGCACCAGCAUUGAAGGAAUUGCCAAGGUGGCUUGAUGCACACUUGGAGUAUGCUGUUGCAGCAGACUGGGCUGACAUUGUUAAGCUUUCAGGAUUCAUACCAGAAAGCAAGUUUAAUCGUAUCCUGACUGAACCUGUGCUCCGAGACACUGGGCCUCGCCGGAGAGGGAGGAGGCCCAGAAGUGAAUUGAUUAAAGCCCCUGGUGUUAUAGCAGAUUCUUCUUCAGGAAUGGGACCAUUAUUCAUGAAUGGACUUAUUGCUGGAAUGGAUGUAGUUGGACUUCAGAACAUGAGAAACAUGCAAAGCAUCCCUUUAACUGGUCUGGUGGGGUUUCCUGCUGGAUUUGCAGCAGUGUCUGCUGGUGAGGAUGUCAAAAGCACUCUGAGUAUGUUGCCUAUGAUGUUGCCAGGUAUGGCUAGCGUACCACAAAUGUUUGGUGUUGGAGGGCUUCUCAACCCACCAAUGACAACUACUUGUACUUCAACUGCUCCAAGUUUGUUAACAAGCACAAAAAAUGGUACAUCAAAUGCAGAAAAAGCUACUGAGGACAAACAGAGUAGCCAAAAUGUGAAAAAAGAAACUCUUUCUGAAGACAAGCCUGGUCCUAGUUCAUUUUCUGAUCAGACAGAAUCUGCAAUAACAACCAGUAGUCCUGUAGCUUUUAAUCCAUUUCUUAUACCAGGAAUGUCCCCUGGACUGAUCUAUCCAUCAAUGUUUCUUUCACCCAGUAUUGGCAUGGCAUUGCCAGGUAUACAGCAAACCAGACUUUCUGAGGUGACAAACCUAGAAAGCCAGAAGCGGAAGAGGAAGAAAACUAAAGGGGAAUCAGCAAAUCCAGAACAAGAAACUGUUGUGCUCUCUGAAAAAGAAACAACAAACAGUCAAAACUGUAUAGAGCAAACGCCACCUUUGUCAACAGAGAAAGAACAUGAUGUACCAGCGGAAGAGACGGAGUCAAGAGAAAUUAAUACAAAUUAGAACUUUUGUUUCAUUAAGAAAAAGAUUGUGGCUUGUAAGUUUCUUAUCCCAUAAAUAUUUGUUACUUACCCUCUUGCCCCCACUUCACCUUCAUAAAACCUGUGUUUCCAUGAGUAAAUAUUAUCUACCUAACUCCCUGUAAAAAAAACUAUGGUGACAUAACAUAUGUUAAUAGUUGCAGGGUCUUGCCACUUUAUUAGAUAAACAGUGUUGUUUAGGUAGGACUGGAGGCAUGGAAUUUGUGUUCCGUUGUUUAUCCCAGACAACAAUAAUAAUUCCAGUACUUGGUUAGGCCUCCAAAUUGCUCACUUAUUUGAGAAGAAGAAGAAGCAAAAAGAGCAAAAGAAAGUCCUUAUCUCUUGAUCUAAAUGCAGACAAGGGCAUUCCUUUUUAGAGUGACUCUGAAUGAAAAACCUUGUAUUGGGGGGUAAAAAGCACAGUUAUAAUAAGUGCUACUAAUGUGUAUUUUUGGUUUAAAGUAUUUCCCUAUUUUACCCUCGUUACUAGAAUAGUAGAUAGACAGAAGUAUAUAACUAAUGUUUGAAAAUCCAUAUAUUGAUUUCUUUUUAAAAAAGCAUAACUGGUAAUGAUAUCAUUUCUUUCCCUUGCCCUACAAAGUUUGGGAGAGAAACUACAACAAAAGAAAAUAUUACUUAGACAUUAUUCUAUAUUUUUUUAAAACCAACGUUUGGUUUUUUGUUAAGUGGAAUUUCAAUUGCCCUUUCCUUGUUCGUUACAAAAACUUUUUCAGCUUGAGCUGAGAAGGUUUUGCAUAUUUGCAUGUCUUUUAUUGCAGUUAAUGCACCUAUCGCUACCAGUUACUUCACCAUUCUGCUAAUAUUUAGUUCUCAUUUAUGGCAUUAAAAGAACUGUAAAGUUAUUGUUUCAGCUAUGAACAGGUCACUCUGAUUUUAAUGUUCCUGUAUGAACACUGAGGCUCUGUUUUUUUCUUUUAACAUUUAAUGUUUCUCCUACCUCUCCCAGAAAUAAUGUCUUCAAAAAACAAGGGGGAGCGGGGAGCUGUAGACCAGCUUUACAUUUUUGAAUGUCUUUGAAAAGGACUGUUGAGGUUUUUCAAAGUGUGAGCUUAUUCUCCUCCUUUUAGAGUUAGACUGUGAAGAGCAUACUUCAGUUUCUUCUUUCCAUUCCUCUCUAUUUGCUGUUAAGCAGUGUUUCCUAGUACUCUUAUUGGUAAAUAUUCCUGGAGUAUGCAUUUUAAAUUAACAGUUUUUUUCAUGCUAUCAACCUCCCAAAGUUCUACUCUUGUUAGUUCUCUUUCUCCUCACUCCUAUUUAAUUUUUCUUUCACUUGGGCUUGUUCUUAUUUGCAGCUCAUGGUUUGUGACUUGAAAUAAACAUAUAGUGGUGCAGCAAUGAGAUGGCAGACUAUUUGAGGGUGUUGAAAGCAUGCUAGUAAUUUGUUUCACAUUUGGUUGUCACUAUUUACUGUAUUUUUUACUUAUUUUCUGUUACAGUUUUGCUAAUUUAUCUAAUGGUCCAAAUGUUUUGACAUAACUAUUUCAGUUUGCAUUAUUUAUUUAUGAUGCUUUUUGUCAUUGUCUUUUAUACAUUUGGGAUUAUAAAUUAUGUACGUGAUAAAAUUAGCAUCUCAAAGAAGUCUGUUACCCAUGGCCUAACAGCAAGCCACAUUUAUAUCUUCAAGGAAUUUAUUCCCAUGUUAUUGGAUUGGAAGCAUUGUUUAAAAAUAUGUAACCAAUCAUAAUGCAAAAAGAACCACAGAGAAUUAAAUCUUAUUCUAUUUAAUAACACUUUUGUAGCAUAGAUACUGUAUUGCUAUUGACAGAUUUCUUAGAAAUGCUGCUAUCGCUAUUUAACUAACAUUUGUUCAGUUUUGCCUCCAGUGGAAGCAGAAAGGUUUUUUUCAGCUGUCAAAUCCAAAAUCAAUAUAAUUUAUUUAUGUAAAAAAAUCACUUGAUAUAUUUUUGAACCUUUUAAGUACUAACUUUCUUUUUAUUCAGUAGAAGAACAUGUAUUUGCCCUAAAUUCUUAAAAUACACAAGCUAUAAAACUUAUAUAUCUUCAAAGCCUUACUGUGAAUGGAUAUAGAAAUCUCUGCAGAGUCCAUUUCAUGUAUGGGAUGGUUAUUUUUCCAGGGUUUCACUCGUAAGGAACGGGAUUGCAAAUGAAAUGUUUUUAACUAGCCAGCAUGCUCUUUACUUGUUCUUACUUAUCAAAUGUGUAUCUUAAAUCUCUGGGUGUUUAGGCUUCUUUUUGACUGCUAUUGUGUGUGGCCCUUUUUGCAAUCUGAUAGAGAUACUCUGUGAUUUAUUUACACUAUAAGGCAUAAAUUGCUUCUUAUUACUUUCUGUCAUACACAGAAAAGAUGCCAAAUUUUCACCAGUUUUCAUUGGCACUCACACAAACAUACAUUCUUCACCAAAUGUGCUAAAAAAAGUAAUUGUCUGUGAUCCUGAACAUGGUUAAAAAGCAAAAGAUUUAAAAGUCAGAUUUUUAUUUUUUUAAUUUAGUGACUAGAUUAUGCUUAUCUUUCAAACUUGGCAGAGCCUUGCUACAGAUGUAUAUAAAUUUUUCAGCAAAUACAUGUGAAUGUUUAAUUCACUUGACUCAGUGCUUAAACGUUACUUGCCUUUUUCUCAGCAUGAACAAUAUCAAAAGCUAUUGUAUACAUAACAUCCCUCUCUCUAAGGUUGCUCCUCAUGUGAGCCAAGGGGUUGUGCAUUAUUUACUUUGGGGGAUGACAAAUUGCAGUUGAUCCACACAUUUUUAAAUAAACUGAACUAGUUUACCAGA